AUGGUGCGCGUGCCCGGAUCUACUAGUCCGAAAGGGGACGUGAAGGUGAAGGUUGAGGGACGCCUGAGCCGAAGGAUUUCGUUUACGAAGAAGUUCCCCGUUAAGGCUCCGAAAGGAGCCGUCCAGGACUCGGUCCAAAAACCGAGUUCCAUUGGUCCUGCUGCUAAGCGGGACCCCGGCGUCGCUGAAAAGCGAGCUCGAAACCUGGAGCGCGAGCAUCUGAAGGGGGUCAUCCGCGACCCCGCUGCCCGAAGCGAUGCUCUAGACGCUGCGAUGGACUUCAUGGAAGUCGAAGAUGCGAAGAAGAAAGCCGAGAAGAAAACGGUGAAAUUGAAGAUCUCGGCGCUAGCGGUCCAUGGCCCCAGCAACGACACUCACGAUGAAGACAAACGAUUUCGUGAAGCCGAAGUCAACUACUUCCGUCAAGAGCUUGCGUUCCUGCUCCAGAGAGGUCCGUUCCUGCUUCGCAACCCGCGCACACUAACAAUCCGAGAUCCGCUUCACGCCGUCACGAUGCUGUUCUGCGUGCUCGAAGAUGCUGGUUUCAAGGUACAUGAACAGCGGAUCUCCACCGAUGUACGCGAGUACGAUCUGAAAACCACCGUCCUUACGCUCGCGCGGGUGUACGCAGUGUUGCAGAAGCUCGUCCCGAGUGCAAAUGACUCAUCCGCGCCGUUGCCGACCGGAGACCUCACACCUCCUCGGUUGGACGAUUCACGGAUCUACUUCAAGUUUGAAGAUGACGGUGACGCUCUCAUGAGGAGCACUACCUCAACCAAGAAGCCUCCACCGGCCCCACGUGUGUCCCGCCGAGAACGACGUGCGCAAGGGAUCCCAGCGAUCGCUGCAAACGAUGUAGGACGCGGGAAGUCUGCGCAAGUGUCAAAUAUUGCGCAGACUCGCCCAGCGAGAGGACCACGUGGGAGGAUCCAGGAGGCUCAAGAGGUUGCAAGAGAGCCCGAUCGCCCCGGCGGUGUGGCUGAAGACCUUCUUUACCAGUUUGCGAACGAGCGAGACGAGCCUGAAGACGUUGAGAUGCAACCAGUCACUGCGUCUCCCGCUCGGCCACGUAUCGGGUACCGAUCCCAGACACAACCGGAAUACCAAGGAGAUCUCCAUGACCUAUCCGAUGACCUCGGCUAUGAUGGAGGUGGCGGAACCGGAGGUCGUGUCGCAGCUGUGUCCACGGCAACAAGGUUGCGAGCAUCGGCUGUGUCCGAACUGAAGGACUUCAGCGGCAAGGAACAUGACGAAGAAGCCGCCCGAGCCUGGUUCAACAAGGUUAGAACGGCCUUCCGACGGGAUCAGAUGCAGUCAGACGAGAUGUACUUGACAUUUGCCGAUUUGAUGAUAGGCCCUGCGCGCAAUUGGUAUUACCAGCUGAGCCGCACCGCUCGCGCGUCGUGGACUGACCUGGGUGAACAGUUCCAGAUCCACUUUUGCGGUAAAGGGAUCUCCCUCGCGCGCAAGUACUACCCCAUGCUGCGCGGGAGUCAGGAAGACCCACUGGAUUACUUAUACCGGCUUAAUCUGGCCGGGAUAACUGCAAACUUGAAGAUCCAUGAUGGCACCAAGGAACAACGACGUGAACACGUCGACCACUUCAUCGAUACAGUCCAAGAUGACGAUCUCGCCGGAUCUCUGGUAGUGUUGAGGCUGCCUGACUCAGAAGCUCUCGAAGGCGUCCUGUUGGCCAUGCGACGCCGCCACCAACGUCGCAAGAUUGAGACCCAAGGUUCGAAAUACCGCCAAAAGGCUCCCGCCCCUGCAGCCUCCUCGAGGGCGGUGCGGGUUGUGACUACCGGUCGCGGACGCCGCGGAGAUCACGGAGAUCUCAACGAGUUCGAGGGCGCAUCAAGCAGUUCCGAUAACGAAUCUGAAGACGAAAGAGCGCACGUGUUUUCGGCAGCUAGGACGCCUACACCAGGAGAUGGUGAACAGCCAGGGGCGCGCCAAGACCGCGAAGACCAACUGGGGCGCCCGAAGUACGGCACUCGAUGCUCACACUGCGGAUCUCGCAAGCAUACGGAUCUCGGGUGCUGGAAGAGGCUCACGUGGCAGAAGUGUGGACGCAUGGGCCAUCCUACCGACAAGUGCUUCUACGUCUGCAAGUGCUGUGGAGACGUUCACGAAGCAGGUCAGUGUAAAAUCGGCGACUUCUUCGAUGCUGUUCGCCAAUGGUACAACCCGACUCGCCAUGCCAGACUGCUGCCCGAGAGCGUCGAGAAGGCGUUAAACUAG